UGUUUUCAAACGGAUUGACGUUCUAAGUUAAAAAUUCCCUGUACUCUUCCACUGAUCGACUAUUAAUAAUCCCGAUCGAAGAUGCUGCAAUAUUACCAUUUUAAAAUAACUCCUCUCAACGCGAAGUGAUCGGUGCUCUGAAAUAUCCAUGAAUCAUUCCAAAGAGAUGAAAUUCAAGGCAAGAAACGCGCUCGAAGUGGAAAUCGCUGACAGGACGGUUAACGAGCGCGCGCGAAUUGCCAAAAUUGUUGACAACGCGUAAUCGAAUCGGUUCUGGUUUCAUAAACCUGGAAACAUAUACUGCUUCUACUUAAUUCUAAUUUCACUUACUCAUCAAUCCAUAAUAUCAGAAUGCAAAAUGUAGUACCGUAGAGAGUCCUAGUGGAAAAAAGUUUGAAAAAUGGUACGGUACACGUGGCGUACCUGGACAUAGGCGCGGCGGUGGGUACGGCCCUGAACCGGGUCGGGCAGUCAGAGCGCAAGUCUUCUGCUAAUGCCAAACGUCUCCCUUAACGCAUUCGCGUCUGGAAUCUCGUUGGUAAUUGGGGCGAACGCUUUUGUGCCAGCUGUCGUGCGCUCUUGUCGGUCGAGGAACGCGAACCGAUCGUGCACGAGAGAGAAUCAGUUUAGUCGGUUGUAACGAGGCCUUCGUGACACACACACGUCUCCAUACACGCAUCAACACACACGUCAAGCGGGCACGCACGCACACAGGAGGAAUUCCAUCGACUGGCGUGGCGUGUAGCGACGAUACAACAGUGUUGUAAUUCGGCUCGGACGAGGAAACCGUUCCCGGGGCUGGUCGCCAUCUUAGAUCCAUCGCGAGCACGUUGCGAGCACCGAGGCGCGCGGGUUGUCGUCUGUCCAAGUUUUUCCGGGUAAUCCACCGUCUACUGGGAAAAUCGAUCCCGCGAGGUAUGCCAAUCGGAAAUCCGUCGUCGUUUCACCGCGAGCGUGGACACCUAUAAAAAGUCGUUGCAUGUCGGAGCAGUGGGCAGACGUAGUAGCAGCGUGUGCCCGGAGUGUGAACACUACCGUCGUGGCUGUCGUACCUGUCGAGCCGCAGAUGCGCGUUACUCAACGGAGAACACGGCCGUGUGCAAAGUGACUUCCUGCAGGAGUGGGAUUUUUUCUUUUCCGUUUCCUAGUUUGCCGGCGUGCCGUAAAUCAAUCCGGACCCACCGAGGAACCAGACACGUAUAUCGGGAUCGUCAUUAUGAGCAAGAUGCUAGGAACAAACUAUUGCACCGUGUUCUCUGUACUUAGAAGUCCCGAAGAGGGUGAAUCGUUUAAGCGGAUCAUCUGAACAGACGAGCUGGAGGAACCGGUGAGCAUCGAGUACGUGGGCUGCCAGUCAGCAAGGACGAUCAGCCAGGAGUCAAUAAUUUCGGGAUCACGGGACCGUCGUUGAAUCGCGCGUGUGUGUUGUGUUCUGUGCUGAAAAGGUGUUUCUCAGUGAUACAUUCGCGCGUGAAUCGCCGUUUGUGAUCGAUCAUUUAAGAGACUCGUGAAGAUCGUGUGAUCGUCUUCGCGAAACGACUCCAAACGUUCACGCAAUCCUUUCUAUAUAUAGACUCGUGAAAACCACAGGCAGAAACUUGCCCCCUUCAGCUUGUGACAUCGAUCGUUUGAACAAGCUUCCGUUCUUGCGUCACACGAUCAAUUGUUCUAUUACUCGAUCCUUCGUCAAGGAUCUCUAAGACAGUUCUCCGCGAAGGCUAACAGGACAGUGUAACAUUCGUCGUCCUACAAGCUACACCUAGACGAGUGAAUCAUUGAACCACUGAACUCCAUUGUUAUCGGUAACAUAGAACCCGAUCGGUAGACUAAAUUAUCGACUCGAUUAUCAUCCAGUCGAUAAAUCAGAUAACUAAUUGUCCAGGGAGAAGAAGAAACGAUUCUUUCUGUGGUUCCGUUCCUGCCGAUCGAGACAUCCGACGGCGACCAAGAUAUCCUUAUAACCCGUAAUGUAUUUGAGAUCGCACAAGGCAGACAAAGGGAGGCACGAGCAUACAAGAGACGCGGUGAAACCCGGUUUCGGAGUAAGAGGACGGAGCCAGCUUGGAUCAGCCAGGACGAAGGGAAUUUCGGUGGAUUGUUGGGAUCUCGAGGUACCUCGACUAUUCCGUCCGAGAUCGACGGCCAGAGAUUCGGACCAGGCGUGCCAACGUCGCGGUAUGAGCGAAGGUGAACGAGCCGUGAUCACGCUGCGAAUUGGCUGGCGAAAGCUGACUGAUCCUGGCGACUGACACGAAUCGAGGAACCUGGGGGCAGGUCCGAAACGAUAGCAUCAGCUGCUGCCGUCUCGAAGCUCAACGUCCUCGCACUCCUGCCGCUCAAUUCUAAUCCUAGUGGAGACGCGGUCAUCAAAGACCCGCCGCGGGAUCAGCCAUCCGAAAGAUCAGUCGGUCCUCUAUGCCAGCCAAAUGCAACAGAACGCCGCGUUAGGAUCCAACCGGGUAACACUGAAAAUGGACCGAACGAUGGCGGACAACCGGUGUCGGUAGCAGACGGGGUUGUUGCUUGCAACAGCGUGCCAUCUCGUCCCGCGGACUGUUCUGGCCGGGUGCCAUCGUUCGGGAAUACCCGGUCUCGGCUGGAUACCCGCCCGUUCUACCGCUAGUGUUUCGAUCACCCCUCUGUCUAUCCUGGAGGACAGUUGACAAACUGCUUUUUUCUUUUUCUUCGUCCUGGUUGUCUCGAUCAGCUGUUGCUUUUGGACAACUAGACCGGGUCCGGCGCACGGCCCAUGGACAAUAAAUUAGUAGUUUGAUAAGGGUUAGUAGUAGGAUGUAGUAGUGAGACUACGAGGAUCAAUUUAGGAGGAAGGAUAAUCGUCGAAGGAGAGAUUACGGUGCUGUCGCGAGUCCGCCCUGCGGAUCGUCCUGGGUACACCGAUCUAGCGAACGAUACGAUCGAUCGUAUCUGAUUUAAGAGAAGAGUAGAGAGAGAGAGAGAGAGAGAGAGAGAAAGAGAGAAAGAGAGAGAGAGAGAGAAAGAUUAUUCCCAUUCCCAUACCUGUAGCAGUCAUGCCACCCACGCCGAGCAAACUGAAUCUGAACUUCGCAAGGAACGCGUACAGCGUGUUCGGAACACACGGUACCAACAACACCGCUGAUCAACAGCGGGAACAAAAAACGGAACUUCUGGAGGGUGCCAGAGGUACCGGCAUUCUCCACCUAAAAAAUGGUGUCGAUUACGUAAACCCCGGUGAGGAGGAUCAAAUGGAAAUCUAUGGAUACAAGAGGAAUAAGCUUUUAACUUUCAUCAUUUGGUUCCUAAUCUUCGUCACCGGGGGCAUUCUCAGACUGGUCUUCCACUGGGUACCACAAUGGAUGUUACAAAGCACUCACUCCAGAUGCCGACUGGAGGACGCGGAUACUGUUUUGCUCGUGGAGAAGUUCCAAGGAAAACACACGAGUUACUACGUGAAGAAACUGAAGACCUUGGCUGCUGAAGAUGUAUUAAACAACCCGUUCGAUGGAGAGUCACUUAUGAAUAACGAGCCAUGGAUGGAAAAUGAUAACAUGAUCACCGUGAAGGAAGUCAAGGAAGAAUAUCCGUCAUUAUCGCUGCACCUAGCGGGAGGACAGUUUAAAAAGAUCCAAUCCAUCGUCCUCUUCCAUUGCAAGAAACUUACUUACGUCUGGGACCCUGAAAGAGCCGAGUUCUUGAAGCUCCGCGGGUUGGACGUUGAUGUGUUCACUUCGACGUUGCACCAGAUGCAAGGACUGAAUUGCCAUGAACAACAUAUGAGACGAUGCGUUUACGGAAGCAACAAGAUCACUAUCCCAGUAAAGAGUAUCGUGACACUGGUCGGCCUUGAAGUUCUCAAUCCAUUCUAUGUCUUCCAACUGCUCAGUUUCUGUCUCUGGGUGGCCGAUAAUUACUACUACUACGCGAUGGCUAUUUUGUCAAUGUCCAGCGUCGGUAUACUGAUGGCAGCCUUCCAGAAUCGUCGGAACCAACAAAAUCUCAUGUCCACCAUUCACUCUUCCGACGUGGCAACUGUGAUGAGAGAUCGUGCCACCGGCCAAACAGCAACAAUACCCGCGGAACGACUAGUUCCCGGGGACAUCUUGGUAAUUCCUUCUCACGGAUGUUUGAUGCCUUGCGACGCGGUACUGUUGACCGGAAACUGUAUUCUUAACGAGUCUAUGCUAACUGGAGAGUCGGUUCCUGUCACGAAAACACCUAUCCCCUCAUCCAACGAUAUCACCUAUGACAUCAAAGAACACGCUAGGCACACGCUGUUCUGUGGUACCAAGGUUAUCCAAACGAGAUAUUACGGAUCGGAGAAGGUACUGGCGGUAGUUGUGAGGACCGGAUUCAACACGAGCAAGGGUGCCCUAGUGAGAUCCAUCAUGUACCCUCCUCCGGUGGACUUCAAGUUCGAACAAGAUUCGUACAAAUUCGUGAUCCUGCUAACUGGUAUAGCCAGCAUCGGUGUCGUCUACACCGUCGUAACAAAAGUUAUGAGAGGCGUGCAGACCAGUCACAUUGUCCUAGAGGCUUUGGAUCUGAUCACAGUUGUGGUACCUCCCGCUUUACCAGCAGCUAUGACAGUUGGUCGCCUGGUGGCGCAACGUCGAUUAGAGAACAACAAGAUAUACUGCACAAGUCCGAGGACUAUUAACGUGUCCGGGUCGAUCGACUGCAUUUGCUUUGAUAAAACCGGCACGUUGACCGAAGACGGGCUUGACAUGUGGGGCGUGGUACCCGCUGUGGAUAAAAAGUUCCAAUUACCUACGAAGGAUAUCAUGGCAUUACCAUUGAAUGAUUUACUGAUUGGUAUGGUGACGUGCCACGGGAUCACUAUAAUCGAUAAUCAGCCAGUAGGCGAUCCACUUGAUUUGAAAAUGUUCGAGUCCACCGGUUGGACCCUGGAAGAACCAGAUGUGUCCGACACGUCGAAGUUCUCUAUGUUGUUCCCAACCGUAGUCCGACCACCGAAAGGCUCUAAACUGUUGAAAAAGUUGCCCAACGAUCUGAGGAUGACGCUUAGCCGACAAAACUCCAUGUCUUCCGACGUGAUGGACAACAUCUCUUUGAAUAACCUCGAGACCACUCUGGCUGGUUCCACCGCGGAGUUAGGAGAACAAGGCCUAGAGAUCGGUAUCGUACGACAGUUUCCGUUCACGUCUACCCUUCAGAGGAUGAGCGUAAUCACCAGGACAUUGGGCGCGAAUCACUACGAUCUCUACUGCAAAGGGAGUCCGGAAAUGAUUCUGAGUCUUUCGAAAGCUGAGUCCAUUCCAGCAGAUUUCAGCGCUAUAUUGCAAGAAUACACCUCAGAGGGGUACCGCGUAAUCGCACUAGCCCAUAAAUCCUUGAAUCGUCUUCCCUACGCCAAAGUCCAAAGACUGAGCCGUGAGUCUGCGGAGUCCGAUCUGACGUUUCUAGCGUUCGUGGUCAUGGAGAACCGAUUGAAACCGGAAAGUACACCGGUGAUCAAUGCCUUGAACGCAGCAUGUAUCAAGACCGUGAUGGUGACUGGAGACAACAUGCUGACCGCAUUGUCAGUCGCCAGGGACUGCGAAAUUGUGAGGCCGGGUGUACCGGUGAUAGCAGUCUCUGCGACCCAGCAAAACCAGACAAAACCGCAGAUCUAUUUCACGAAUAGCAACAGCCAACCGACGCCAGUUUCGCCGAAAGGGAACAGUAACUUCAGCGAAAUGACUGAUCUGAACAGCGUGGCCAGUCUAGAAACAGUCGAAAGUGGCUUCAACGAUGUCAAUUACUUGUCUGAUGAUUUACACCGCUCGAAGAACAAAUACGUGUUCGCUUUGACCGGCAAGACGUGGGCACUAGUGAAACAAUACUACCCCGAGCUGAUCCCCAAACUGGCCACACGGGGCGCAAUCUUCGCGAGGAUGUCGCCAGACCAGAAGCAGCAGCUCGUUCAGGAGUUGCAGUCUCUGGGAUACUACGUUGCGAUGGUGGGCGACGGUGCGAACGAUUGCGGAGCCCUGAAGGCAGCCCAUACGGGAAUAUCUCUCUCCGACACGGAGUCGUCGGUGGCUUCGCCGUUUACUAGCCGCGAAAUCAACAUCUCCUCCGUGUUGACGGUGAUCCGGGAAGGUCGUGCCGCGCUGGUCACGUCCUUCGGGAUCUUCAAGUACAUGGCUAGUUACUCUCUUACCCAGUUCAUCUCCGUGAUGCUUCUAUACAGCAUCGAGUCCAAUCUAACGGACAUCGAGUUCCUUUAUAUCGAUCUCUUCAUCAUUUCCAUUUUCGCGUUCUUCUUCGGUCGUACCCAGGCAUACGACGGCCCAUUGGUGAAGACCACGCCGCUGAACAGUCUGAUCAGCACCACGCCAAUUUUGAGUCUGGUCACUCAGAUCCUAAUUGUGGCGAUCUUCCAAUGCGGCAGCCUGUGGCAUCUUCAGCAAAUGGACUGGUUCAAGCCGUUCAACGCGACAGCGAAAUCACUCGAGGACAAGGACGACGUAGGCUGCACCGAGAACUACACGCUCUUCAUCAUCAGCUCUAUGCAGUACAUCAUCCUGGCAGUGGCGUUCUCCAAGGGACACCCGUACCGGAAGUCACUGUUCACCAAUUACGGACUCCUCACUGCGUUCAUCUUCCUCAGCCUGUUCUCCGUCUACCUGGCGACCUUCCCGUUCGACUGGUUGGUCGACUGGUUCGAGCUGGUGGUUCCCCAAAGCGUCAGCUUCCGGUUCAUCUUAAUCGGUUACGGCGCCGCGAACUUCGUCAUCUCUCUGCUCACUGAGUACUUCUUCGUCGACUACCUCGUCUUCAACAAGCUCCGCUACCGUUGGCACAACAUCGACAAGUCCCGUAGAAAGUUCCUUGCCAUUGAGCGCGACUUGGCGCGGGAUCCAGAGUGGCCGCCGAUCUCGCAGGAGCCGUUGCCGGAAGCCGCGCCGGACAUCUUGAUCCGACAGAACGUCACCGAGAUCAAGAUCGAGAAACGGGUUCCUGAACCGCAUUCCGUCGACACCAGCUUCAUGAACAGCCCGGUAUGCGCGAACUUCAAGCACUUCGGCUCGGCCAGAGAGGUAACUUUGAAUCCGAGAUCCCUCUUCAAUGACCGCAGGAACACCGUGUCCAUGCAGACGGUGCCCUGCUUCGAGGACAGGGAUCCGGCCGGUUCGGUGAAGCAGCCGAACGUCAAGCUAACCGGGAAGAGGAGGCACAAUUCCGAGUGUGAAAACGCGAUCAAUCAUUACGAGAAGCCGUUCAAGAGCCACAGCACAAACCCUAUCGCGACUCUGCCCAGGAAUCCAGCCACGGUGCUGCAACCGCAGAAGCUGCGCGACUUCAAGAACGUCCUAGUGCACAAAAGCGAGGACCUGCUGUCUCCGAGCACGCAAAGUGUCCUUGAGCUCGAUAUCCUACCGUCGUAGAAAUCAAUCGGUCCGGAAUUCGACGACGAUCGGCCGAUCGGCAGGAUCUUCCGGGCGAUCGACCGCGAAGAAGACGAAUCCCGAAGCGUUUGCUAAAUCAACCGAACCAAGAUCAUAGACUAAGAUACCACGAAGGAUCUCCACUAAUCACUGCAUUUCUCGUCCCAUGACAAUCACGGGCCGAGGCCCGUUCGGGCGUGUCGAGUUCAUGACCAGACCAGAGCGAGAUCAACGAAAGCAAAGGGUACUUCGAAUACUGUACUUACAUUGUAUAAAUAAUUUUAAUUUCCCAUCGAUACAGGGGGUAUCUUAUUUUAAAGGUUCCUCUUUUCGAUCAACCGUCUCGGCCGAGGAGGCAAUGAAUAUUGUAGAUAGCGUGCGAAUGUUGUAUUAUAAAGUUGUAAAUUUGUAUUGAAUGGAAUAUUUGUCCUCGUGGAAUCGACGCUAGAGAAUGAACCGGGUGUCGUUCUGAAACGUACGUUUCUUUUAUCGUGUUUAUAGAAGUUUUAGUCGGCUUGGUCUGGUCGUAGAACUGAUCGCCGCGAAACGGGCCGAGUUCAGCAACGCCAUGAUUAAAAGAGCAUCAUCAGAAGACUUGACACGGAAGUGUUCAAAACAAUGAACGAUGCGACAACUUCCCACGGCACGAUCUCCGCUAUCGUUCUCACGGUGCAUUUAGAAUGCAAACGGACGGGCGGUCGUUCGCGACAGCUUGAUGGCCGACGUGCGACGCAUCGAGCACACCACACGUCCGCCAUACUGCUUGGACCGAACGGGUCCCUUUUGACCCGAUCUCUCUUCGUCCUCUUCCUCCUCAUCCUCCUCCUCAUCCUCCUCCCCUUACGCCCCUUUUGCUAGUAUUUCGAGCGUGUACGUCACUCUCUCGAGAAAGUAUUAUCGUCAGUGUUAUUUAUUUUAGAUGAUGAAAUUUUAAAACUCGCCCUGCGUGCCAGGUGUGGAUCGGGAAUCUUCACGCGGACAACACCCACGACGCAGGCCGAUCGAAGUAGCUAGAUAGAUAGAUGUUCUCCUUGCUCCCUGGAACUUGAUCGUCCUCCGAUCGCGAAGUAAUCUUUAUCGUUUUCCCUUUUUUUCUUUCCUUUUCUCUCCUCUCGCUCUUCUCGUUCUUUCCUUUCCACUGCGGUUUCGAAGGGAUACUUAAUUCAAAACUAACCACGACCCGCGUCCGAUGCUGUCGAAUUUGUUUUUUGUUAUAGACGGACGCGGGUCCGGAUGGAUUUCUUCUAACUAGAGAACCAUAGGCGAAUUGGUUGGCUCAAUUAUUCCCGUUCCCGCGGCGGGCCGCACCGUUUCCGGUCGAUACUGUCGUUUUAUCGAUGAUCAAGCACGGCUGCCGUAUUGCCCCCUUCGAUCGCGAGAGAAGAAGAAAGCAUGUUACUCGUUUUUAUUUCGUACCGGAGAAACGGUUUCCCCGUCGCGGGAACGGGAGCCUAAGUUCUUUUUUUUUGGUGUGAUCACGGGGACACGUAACUAAGCUCUAGUUUAUCCCAACGUAUCAUACUUAAGCCGGCCGUUUCCCCGCGGCCCGGAAUACGCGAAGAUCUCUCGACCCUCGUUGUCGCGGAAUGAUUAUCGUUCGCCACGGAUAACGAGAUAAGUGUGUACUUAUUUACGCAAUGGAAAUAAAAUACUUAAGCGCGUUGUUCUACUACUUGCGACGGCUAUGCUUACGUUGAGAUAUAGCGGUUGUCGAAUAACAAAGUAUGUAUUUCAUGUAAACACGUCUUCUGUUAUUUUGUCAAUCCCCUUGAACAUUCCAGUCGAUUAACCGAUCGUCCUUUUACAGUGUUAGAAGAACGUCCCAAGAAUCGUUACUGAGAAACUGUCAACCGUCCGGU